GCUCCGAGAAAGGAGCUAUUAGCCAACGGAUACUCUCGCUUUUUCCUGGUGGAUUGACGUUAAUGCCCACGAUCACAGCGGUUCUCAAGGCAACCAAGGCCUGCUACUUUGAAGUCUGCCAAUGCUGCAAUCUCGACGCCUCUCUGAAUUUCUGCUACAACUGCCUUGGAUGAUAUAAACACAAGGGUAUCAAGUGUCCCAAGCUUUCCAUAAGACGGACAUAGGCCCUCGGCCAGUAGGCGAGAUUCUAAGCCAUGACUUUGGAGGUGGGCUUCAGAGGAGCAGCCAAUCAGGAUACGGGGUGACACCAGACCUGGCUAGAGGUCAGAUCUGAGAGAGGAUGGAGACCAGAGGGCAACGCACAAGGGCAGGAAUUUUGUUCUGGACCCCCGCUCCUCAACGCCCCUCUCCCUUCAGCUCCAUAGGCUCAGAGGUGGACUGGGGGGUAGAGGAGGAUGAGGAAGGUUGGGACAGGAAAGCAGAAGAGGAGGAGGGCUUCCACACCCAGAUGGAUGAGAACGGGAUCAUAGGACUGGACGAGGCCUUGGAGGAUGUGGGUCCGGGAGGAGAGGAGGAGGAGGAGGGAGAGGAGAAUCCACCCUGGUACACUGGAGCCUUGGAGGAUGUGGGUCCGGGAGGAGAGGAGGAGGAGGAGGGAGAGGAGAAUCCACCCUGGUACUCUGGAGCCUUGGAGGGGUCCCUGUCCCCCAGUAGGGCAGGUGGGCUGCGGCUGGUAGACCCUCUAGAAGAGCUGAGUUAUAACCUGAGUGAGCUGCAGGACUCUGAGCCAUCUGGAGAGGACACGCACACGCUCUCACUCUGUGACGAUGUAUUGGAGGACAAGGACCGUGUGGAGAUCUGGAGUGAGGAAGAGGAGCAGCAGCAGCAGAAGGUUGAACAGGAGAAGAGCUGCGUGGUCGACAGGCAGCGGAUGGAGCAUCUCCCAGAGAGAGACAGACAGCUGGACGUGACGGAGGACGAGAAGGAGAUGGAGGAGGAGGAGGAGGACAGCGAGCCACACGCGCACACUGACAUGAUGGCAUAUCCUGUCACAGCCAGGGCUGGGCCUGGCUGGGAUCAGGGCCUUAUUGUCAGAGGAGGAGAGUGGGGGAAGGAGGAGAGCGAGGUCUGUGCUGUAGGCAGUUAUAGGGCCGACCUACAAAUAGAGGAGACUAGUGAACUCUCAGAGAGUGACAGCAGAGGGGGGGAACGGUUGGGAGCGAGUGUGUCUGGAAACCUAAUUUUCCCUCCCGACCUGCUCUGUUCACCCCCCCAGUCUCUCCCCUCCCCUCCCAGUUCUACCUUUCCUCACCUCCUCCACUUCUCCUCUGAGGAGUUGGCCUAUGCUCCAGGGAUUGAAGCCGAGACGUUCCCGGAGGAUCCCACCUUCACAGAGAGCCUUCCGGAAUCCCGCAGCAGCCGGAUGAGCAACGCCCCCAGGCCUCAUUGGCCGCUUGAGUCAGGGGGGGAGGAUCUCAAGCCUAGGACCUCCCCUUACCCAGCAGCUAUCUCUCCUGCGUGUGGGAUAUCUUACCAACUCAGCGAGAGAAAAGAGAGGGGUGGAGAGAGCCCACAGGAUGAGGUAGGCGUUAACCAUCGGCAACACCCCUAUCCGAGGAAGAUAAGACAGAGCUUAUCUGACCCCCCACAAGCCAUGGUUUGUUCCUCCCAGAAAUCCUGGCAUGUACCCUCACAGUCCCCCCUUCACAGCAGCACCAAGGACUGGAACCACCAGACCCCCAGGGAGAGCCCCCCCAAACCCCAACCCAGGAGUCAUGACCCUGACAUGGACGAGGGCCGAAGAGGCCCACUGACCUACCCCACCCCAGACUUCUCCAAGGUAGAGCCCAGGGUCCACUUCCCUAAGAGCGGCUACACCCCCCCCAAGAGCAAAGGCUCCCCCAGAAAGAGGUCUCUGUCAUUGGAGCCCCCCCUGGUGUUUAAGUCCCCUGCUGACAUAGUGAGAGAGGUGCUGCUGAGCAGUACAGACGGACCCCAAUCCCCCUCGCCGCGCAGCGGGCCCCGCAGGCCCCUGAUCUCUAUGGUGCCAGAGGAUUUCAGAUGCCCACAACAGGCCAGCACUCUGGUACAGCAGCUGCAGGAGGACUACAACAGGCUGCUGACCAAGUAUGCUGAGGCAGAGAACACUAUUGACCGGAUGCGUCUGCAAGCCAAGGUGAGCCUCUACUCCGACCCUCCCAAGCCCAGUCACGCUGUCCAAUCAGGUGUACUCCAUGAAGGGUCAAAGGUCAUGACCCUAACUUUUCCCCACGCUCAGAGGGCGGAGCUCAGCUCAGGCUCUGUUUACCUAAAUGGACAGGCUGCCCAACAAGGACAUAGUGGAGUCUCCUCUGCGGCCUCCUCAUCCCCCAGAAGCCUGGGCCCUGGAGUUGGAGAGCAGCUGACCAGGGCUCUCUCAAAGCAGGCUGAGAGGUUUCUCCAGCAGGUGCAGACAUUUGAAGAGCUCCUGAGGAGAGGGAAACUUAAACCGUUUGAGCAGAUGAAGGGUUUGUCCCAGCUGCUGCAGGGGCAGGAUUCUCUGGAAAGAGGUUAUCUAGCAGCACGAGACGAACACAGACUUCUACUGCAGAGAGGGGCCGAGCUGGGCCCCUUUGAUCCCGGCAGGGAGUUGGAGGGCCGUAUAUUCCAGUGUGGGAUGCGUGUGGAGGAGCUCAAGGAACAGGUAGAGCAGACUGAACAGGACCGGCCCACCUCAGAAGCCCCUCCCACUCCACCUCCUCACCCCACCCCCUACUCCAUGCCUGCAGGGGGCAGCGAGCCCAUGCCACUCCCUGAGAGCCCAGUGUUACCUCUGCCAGGGGAGUCUGGGGUGGGGGUGGAGGUUAGCUCGGCCAGCGGAGAGAGCGAGGGAGAAGAGGGAGGGAUGCCAUCCCUGCUCCUCCAUCCCUUACGUCACGAACACAAACGCGUAGAGAGAGACUUCAGCAUGCUGAUGGACCACUACCAGAGUUUGAGGGAGCUGCCCAGACUGCUAGACCUGGAUCUGACAGAGGGAGACCAUGACUCUCCUGACGCAGGAGAGGAAGCCACACAUUCAGGUGGUGAGGGGACAAGAGAGGGACCACACCCAAGGACAGGGAGGGAGAAGGGCCACACAAGUCUCGCUCAGAGACGGCCAAUGCAGGGUCAGCAGGACACUCCAUUCAUUCCAACGGCGAGACCAAGGACCAGCAAAUCACUUCCUCCUUCCCCAAAGGACCUCAGCCAAUCCGCUGCAUUUCCUGAUCUGCUGGCCAAUGACAGCAAGAGGUCCGAGGUCAGGAAGUCUCAUGGCAGCAGUCUGACCAGUUUGGGGGAGAGUGCUGCCUCAGAGAGGCGAGGCUCCAAACGGCAGCCUGGGACCAGGAGAGGGCCGUCCCAGGAUGGGAUCAUGUCACCAGAGACUGACAGUGGUUUUGUUGGCUCUGAAAGCAGUCGUCUGACUCCUGCAGCACCUCGUGCUCUCCACCAGGGGGCGAGCCUGUCAGUCCCUGAGGAGCAGAGCCCAGGGAAGCCCCACCACACAUCCCCCGUGCCAAGGCAGCCUCUCCCCUCUUCCUGCACCCCCUCACACAGACCAACCUUGCUGGAGCACUGUGGAGGCUCUCGUCUGAGCACCCCAAGGCAGGUACGGGGGUCUUCGGGGAGAACCAGAGGGGAGGAAAGGAGGGGCAUCGCAGGCUCCAGGGCCAGCAGGACCCCCCAGCCCUGGGCUGGCAGUGGGACCAGUGAGUUUGGACCAGACAGUGACCACAUCCACUCUGCGUCAGGGGAGGAUGAGGGACAAAGUGACCGUUCCACCCGAACGACCCAGCAUCGCUGCCAGCCAAGCCCCUCCCCCACUGCACCCUAUCACCAUGGAGAUCCCCUCCGAGCCCUGAGCUCUGGUCAGCUGACCAACCGCAAUGAGGCCAUCCAGUCCCUGCAGGCGGAGGUAGGCAGACUAAAGGAGCGACUCGAGGGCAGUCUGAGACAGACCAACCCUCCCAGUCCUGUUAGAGCGCCCCCCUCAGCCCAGGAUGGCCACACACACUCUCUCAGCUCAACACCUCGUACCAGGUCUGCUCAGCGAAGGAGGGAUGGUGGUAGAGAGGAGAGCAGGGAGGAGAGGAGGUGGGGUGAGGAGCAGCAGGUGGAGGAGAGGUCUCCCGGGUUGACUCCUCGAAGAUCAGCCUCUGUUCCCAGACAGAGACCUGAACUGGACAUCACGACAGAAUCGGAGCAUUUCCAGUCCACACCCAGACUUCGGUUCUCCAGGCGUAUCCCAGUGUCCCCUGCAACGUGGGGAGGCAGCUGUGGCAGAGCAGAGACCGUCAGGAACAGCGGAGCCCACACAAGGCAGCAUGUCAGUAUGUCUGUCGGUGGAGAUGGUGAUAAACCUGACUGUAGAGGGAGGCAGGCCCCUGUGUGUCCACAAUGUUCCCCACAGACACACAGCCAUGGACACUCUACACGACCAGACGGGGGUGGUGGUGACACUGAGCCUGUCCACAGUCACGCUGGUCUUCAUUCUCGCCACUGUCCUACGUGUGGAAGGUCUCAGACAUACCGGAGCACGAAACACGACCGACGGACAGAGAGCGACUCGGGUCCCGCCCACAGAGGCAGCUGGCCAAUGAGCUCCCCCCACGGUGAUGUGAGAGGCGUGUACUUUGCGGCGCCGCCCCCUCCUGUGCUGGGCAGUGUGCCGCUGGUCCAGUGUGUGCCAGUGUGCCCGCCAGUUCUGUACUACUCCAGCCCUGUGAUGAAUGUAGCUCCAUCCCAGCCCCAGCCCAUCUAUGUGUCUCUGGGUGGGGGUGUGGCCACUGGGGUUAGGAGACAUCAUGAGCAGGUCCGAGGUGGAGCUGGCCAUUCCCUGUCUGCUGACCAGCGCUCUCUGAGCAGCUCUCUGAACCAUGCCAUCGAGGCGGCCAGGGGGAUGAGGGAGGCCUCUCGACGCAUGGCCCGCACCAUCGCCACCGGACUGCACCACCAGGAGGCGCUGUCACAGUCCUGCAUGUACUGAUGGACCAGACCAGACACACACACCGGGGGUUGUGUUCAUUAGUGUACACCGUAGCAAAAAUGUUUUGCAACUUAAAAAGGAAAACAAGCGUUUCUUAUUGGAGACGUUCAGGUCUCUCCUCGUUUCAGUCUGUUUUCUUCCGUUUGGUGUCUAGUGAAUAUGACCCUGGCAAGUCUUUGGACCAGCCACUCUGUACUGACAUGGACAUCUCUAAAUGUUAUUGUACUGUGCACCUAGUAUAACAGUUCGGUAUUUGGGGUAACAUGAAGCAAGUUCCUGGGUACAGAUCCUGGGGCCUCAAGCCACUCAUUCAGCUGCAGGUUUCUUGGUUGCAGGUAGUGAGGAACUACAGACCCUUGACAUCAGCAUUUGAUCAUCACCCAGUGGCUCAGCACUGAUAGGAAAGUAGGGUCUACAAACUGUGCUUUAUGCAGGUUACUACAGGUUACAGCUUUAGAUGAAAGGUGGAGUGGCUGUUGCAAUCUCAGGUAUCAUUUAGAAACAACAGUUGUGGGAUCUGGCAGCUUAAGUGGACAACAGUAGCAGUUCAUCUCGUACUCAUAAAAAUGCACUAGAAUCUGCAUAUUAAUGAUUUACGUUUCGAAAUAACGGACAUCUGCACAUGUUUAGUUUGCUAUGAAACCCGGAAUUAGUUUUGGACAUUUGUUUUGUUACAUUUGUACAAUGGAUGUGAGACAAAGAAAUUAAAUUGCUGCUAUGGAUCUUCAGAUGAGAUGAAACAUUCACACAUUUUACCCGAAUUUAUUGAUUUUAAAUCCGGGUUCCUCAGCUGGCGGCCUGCAGGUGGUUUCAUUUGAAAUGAUGUUUUUUAUCCAACAUAUCCGUUUAAGUUUGCAGUCUACCAUUGGUUUGGAAUUCUAUUCCCGACCGUCGCGCGGCUAAAUCAAGCCGAUGAUCCCUGUUCUAAAUGGUUUGUUUCAAUGUUAUUCUUCGUCAUUUGUGUAAUAAUGAGUUAAUAACGUUAGUAAUUGGUUGUAUUUUUUAGGUGUCUUAGUUUGUGUUGAACACAAAAAUGAGACUUUAGGUAUACACAUUUCUAAGAUUUCGGAUAUGCAGAUUUAUAAAAAAAAAAGUUAUCGUUUGAUUAACAAAUGAUUUUUUAACUAAUAUUUUUGUAGCAAAAUAUCUUUAUUUUUGCUUUGAAGCCAAAUAAAUGUUGACGGUGAAACAACUAAUAGGUAUUAAGUAAGGCUGGUGUCGGUUGUAACCAGAUUCCAUGGACUGCAGGUACAGUAUGGAGAAGUCACCUGACGGUCACUGUUAGAGGCCCGUCCAUACACACUGAAGUUGUACAACCAUUUUGAUACAUCGCAGCGUUUCUCUGCACAAAGAAAUAAUAACACAAGCAUUGAAGAGACACUACACAAUGGAUGUAUACACUUGAAUCACAGCCAUCAUGUAAAAUGUGCUUGUAGAUUAGUCGUACAACCUGGGUGUGUAUGGGGUCAGAGGUCUUCGGGGUCAGAGGUCUUCGGGGUCUGACUGCACAAUGUGAACUGUGAGCUGGAAAAUGAGAGGGUUAACUCCGAUACACUACAGUGAAGAACGGCAGAAUUGCAAUGUAGCUACAGUAAGAACUGAGUCUU